CUCUUUUGUUCGAAUUUCACGUCAUCGUGCUUUUAGUACAGAGUGAAAACGAUAAGAACUGUCAUGACUAAUAUUCAAUCCGUAUGAGACAGAUCGACGCAUCAAAUUAAAAAUACCGCAGUGUGUAAACGGUGUAGACAACCAAUUUUUUUUUUGGUUGUUCGAAUUCCUCAUCAAAAAUAACGAAAAAUAAAAUGAUUUUCAAAAGGAGAUUACCAUCAAACACAUAAAAUUAGUAUCCCAACUAAAUUACUAAGCAUUACCAAACACAAUAGGACAAAAAUGAAAGUAUUAUUCAAGUUCCUGCCACAGUUCUGUGAUUUCGUUCAAAAAUACUGCAUACAAAUCGGUUGUACAUUGCUCGUACUGUACUGCUUGUGGCCGACGAGAUUUGCUAGUCACUAUGAGUAUUUAACAUCCGAUCAAAUAUUUGAUAAUUUAGUCCAACGAACAACUAGAAAUGUUACUCUGUCACAACAAAUGGAAUGCGACUACAGUGAUAUUAUCAUGGAUAACACGUACAUGUAUAAGACAUCGUAUCAAAGCGAAAUAUUCGAUAGUUCGGAAAUUCAAUUGGGAGGCGUUUAUCAGCCAGUAGGCCAAGAAGGUGUUUCAGUACCGACCGACACUCCAUUAGAAAUUUAUCUUUCGAUUGAUUUAUUUUAUUAUAAAAGAAAAACUUAAACAAAUGGAAGAGAAAAGAGUUUGGGUGGAUGGCUGUUACGAUCUAACUCACUUCGGACAUGCGAACAUGCUAAGGCAAGCUAAAAGUCUCGGCACGAAGUUAAUUGUUGGUGUUCACUCCGAUGAGGACAUCCGACGGGUUAAACGUCCUCCCGUUUACAGUCUAUCUGAAAGAGUGAAAAUGGUAAAGGCCAUCAAAUGGACUGAUGAAGUGGUCGAAGCUGCCCCAUAUAAGACAACCAUUGAUACGUUAAACCAAUACAAUUGUGAUAUUGCAGUUCAUGGUGAUGACAAGACCACGGAAAACGGUGAAGAUACAUACAAUGCGGUAAAAGUAGCGGAACGUUAUGCAGAAGUUCCCAGAACGGCGGGCAUUUCGACCACGGGCAUUAUCAAACGAAUAUUAUCGAGAUAUUCUGCAGAACCAUUACAUUCCGAUAGUGUGAUAAGCCAAUACACCGGUACGUCGCCGUUUCUACAAACGACACGAAAAAUCUACGAAUUUGUCAAGGACAAUGCAAAACAUCCGAAAUCGACCGAUCGGAUUGUUUAUGUUACUGGAAUGUUUGAUCUGCUUCACGUUGGACAUCUGGACUUCUUGGAGAAGGCUAGAUCAUUGGGCGACUACUUGAUCGUCGGUUUACACAGCGACAAUCCAUCGUCCGCGACACGUUCAAUUUUGACUUCAAAUGAAAGGAUGAUGAAUUUACUGUCGUACAAAUGCGUGGAUGAGGUGUUAACUGAGGCACCGCGAAAAAUUACCGACGAUUUGAUGGAACACUUUAACAUUAGCAUGGUCUAUCAUGGACGGUUCGCCGAUUCAAUUCGUGAAUUCGAUCCGUACGAAGUACCGAAGAGGAUGAACAGAUUCGGGAACAUUGAAUCCGGAUCGGGAGUAACCACGGAAACUAUAAUCGAAAGGAUCCGUCAGCAUAACGAAAAAUAUCGCGCUGCCAAUGCAUUGAAAGAAGAAAUUGAAUUGAAAUACCAAAUACCAGUAAUGGUUUGAGCUUCUGAUGGUUCUGUGACACGUCAUUGCUCUCGUUGUGAAUAUAUUUUAAUAAAAUCAAGUUUAUUGCCAUGAAA